AUGUUGAAUCUCCCGGCAUGGGAGCAUGAUGGCGGCAAUGACGUUCCCGCGAGUCGCAGAGGUCAGAGGGACAUCGAGAAGCCGGAAACGCCCCGGCCAGUACCAAGCCACUCUACCGCGCGAGCGAGCAGAUCAGUCCUAUGGGGUGAUAGCGAGACACCAGCUUCCACACAACCCGCUCUGGACAGCUUUGCAGAGAGAUACCCGGAGCUGGAUCCCAAGCGAAGGGACGACACGCAGAAGAGUCUGUUCGAGAGGUACACGGAGGAGUUAGAGGCGAGGAAAAGGGAGACCCCAAUUGCCAAUCGGGUCGCGAAGGAGCAAGAGGGGCUCAAGGAAUUCAAGCUCAAGAGCGCUGAGGAGUACACCCAGCCGUUCUGUGAUUUCUUGACCAACAACCCAACCGUGUUCCAUGCGGUGGCAUAUUUUGAGAACAGGCUGGAGAAGGCCGGCUUUAAGAAGCUCUCGGAACGCAAGGCUUGGAACGAUGAGCUGGUUCCUGGAGGGAAAUACUUCAUCUCUCGCAACGGCUCGUCUCUCGCCGCCUUUAUCGUGGGAAAGAAAUACAAGAGUGGCAAUGGAGUCGCAAUGGUUGCUGGGCAUGUCGAUGCUCUGACUGCGAGACUGAAGCCCGUUUCCACCAAGAAGACUUCUGCAGGCUAUGUACAGCUUGGAGUCGCACCCUAUGCUGGCGCUCUAAACAGUACAUGGUGGGACCGUGAUCUUGGUAUAGGCGGCCGGGUACUGGUCAAGGACCCGAAGACGGGCAAAAUUGUUACCAAGCUUGUGAAGCUUGGCUGGCCCAUUGCUCGUAUCCCUACCCUCGCACCCCAUUUCGGGAUUGGUAUGACAGGUCACGAGAAUAAAGAGACAGAAACCGUCCCCAUCAUUGGUCUCGACAACUCAGAACGCCCCUUUUCGUCCGAAGAAUUCCAGAACCUGACCCUCGGCGACCCUCGAUGCUUCGCAGCGACACAACCCCCAAAACUGGUCCGCGCCAUUGCGAGCGAACUCUCUAUCAGUGAUUACUCGACCAUCGUAAACUGGGAACUGGAGCUUUACGACACACAGCCUGCCCAGACAGGUGGUCUGGACAAGGAAUUCAUCUUCGGCGGCCGUAUCGAUGACAAGCUAUGUUCAUGGGCCGCUGUGGAAGGCCUGCUCGCAGCAAGUUCAUCCGCGAGUGAAGCUAGCGAUGAGGAAGACGGGGUGAUCAAACUGGUAUGCGUCUUCGACGACGAAGAGAUUGGCUCUCGCCUCCGUCAAGGUGCAGCUGGGAACUUCCUCCCUUCUACGAUCGAGCGCAUCGUCGAGACUUUCUCCCCGUCCGGAUCCAGCGCCAACAUCCUCUCCCAGACAUACGCCAACUCGUUCCUCAUCUCCGCCGACGUGGUCCACGCCGUGAACCCCAACUUCCUGGGCGCGUACCUCGAGAACCACGCCCCCCGACUCAACACCGGGCUCGUCGUCUCCGCCGAUAGCAACGGCCACAUGACGACGGAUUCCGUCUCGACGGCGCUGCUGACGCGGGUCGCCGAGAAGAACGGCGAUAAGCUGCAGCUCUUCAUGAUCCGGAACGAUUCGCGAUCUGGGGGAACGGUGGGCCCGAUGCUGAGCAGUGCCAUGGGGGUCCGGGCCAUCGACGCGGGGAUCCCACAGCUGAGCAUGCACAGCAUCCGAGCAACGACGGGCAGCCUGGAUCCCGGACUCGGAGUUCGGAUAUUCAAGGGCUUCUUUGAUCACUAUGAGAGUGUGGAUAAGGAGUUUGAAUAG